AUGACCGAUCACAUCACCCCAUCAUGUCCAUUCUGUCCCUUCUCAGACCAAGAUGCGACCUUCGUGGAGCAACACAUUGAAUACUGCCACCCAGAAGGAGGUGCCUCACCAUCGCACUAUGAUUCCCCCGCAUUCGAAAAUCCCAGCCCAUCCCCGUCUACAUCCCCAGUAGACGAAGACUCUACAGAGAAAUACAUCGACUGUCCGCACGGAUGUGGCGAGACCAUUACAACCGCCGAACUGGCAACUCAUCUCGACCUACAUGUCGCAGAAGGCAUCGCGCUAGAUGACUGCGGCGCAGUCCAGAGUCCCUUCAAUGCAGAACUCUCCAGCGAACCCGACAUACCCACCGACCUAGAAGACAGAGACUACCCCGUGAGCCAAAAAGGCAGCAAAAGAGGCCCCGACCGAGCCUUUGCUCGCCCAACGUCAAAACAAACCCAACCACGCAGCCACAGCCCCGUCGGCAAACCAGACCCGAACGGCGUAAAACGGCUCGGGCGCUCCGAACUAGGCCCGCACGCUCACGAAAAAAAAAUGCCAACCUGGCUGAAAAAAAUGUUAGAAAAAGGCGGCCGCACUUCAAAACAAACCCGAAUAACGACCGACGGCAAAUUAUCCCGCCACACGAGCGUAGAAAACGAAACAGAGAAUUUGAUCCCCGUCAUAGCGAAACUCUGCGAGCAAGAUCAGUCCUCGCAGCGCGUCUUUCUAUGCAGUCCCAAGGUGCGGCAUGUCUGUAAAAUGCCCCGUGAGGGUGGGUUUUGCGGGUAUCGCAAUAUUCAAAUGCUUGUUUCGUGGAUUGUUAAGGCGAGGGGUCCCGGGUGUGAGCAUUUUCGAGAGGGUGUGCCUUCUAUUUUGGAAUUGCAGGAUUUGAUUGAGCGGGCGUGGGAUUUGGGGUUCAAUAGUUCGGGCAGGACGGAGACGGGGGGAAUUCGAGGGACGAGGAAGUUUAUUGGGACGCCUGAGGCGCAAGCACUCUUUAUGAGCCUUGGUAUUCCAUGCGGCGCGAGUAGCUUGAGUGAAGCGGGCGAUAUGCGAGCACACGACGCCUUGUAUCAGGAUGUAGCAUCUUACUACCGCUCGAAUUGCUCGCUGGAAGACGAGAAAAAGAUCUUCAUGACUGAUCUACCCCCGAUAUACUUCCAGCAUCAAGGUCAUUCAAUGACGAUCAUCGGAUUCGAGAUUCGCGACAAUGGCACCGCUAAUCUGCUCGUCUUCGACCCUAUGUUCAAAACAUCGCCUGCAAUGAGCCGGAUCAUUGGGACUUCUGCGAAAUCUGAGAAUCCUGACCGUCUUUUGAAGGCGUAUCGGAGGGGAACGAAGUAUCUGCAGAAGUAUAAGAUGUUUGAACUUCUCAAGUUACCUACUCCUCAACCCGCGCAAAAUUAA